AUGUACGCAUUGGUUUUGUGCCUUUUGUUUCUACGUGUGGUGUGUGACCUUUACGACGAGGACGAGGGCUGCAGCCAAUGCUUAGUAAAACUAGAAUUGAAAACUAGCGUGUGUCUAAAAGCGAAAGACGUGGGUCGUUGCUUCGAAAAAUUCAAUGUGUUUAACAGUGCCGAAGUUGUUCAAGCCAGCAGAGUCGAGAAAACCCACGUGGAACCACUGAAGGCGAUGUUGGCGACGAAGCUGAAAAACCUGGAUGAGAGGAUAGAACACAAUGACCCGGAAUUUCUAGAAAAGCUGCAGUCAGAAGUAGACGAUUUCAUCGCUGAAGCCUCCAAAAUGCCUCGAGGGUUCCAGGAUGGAGUGUUCAACUGUAUUCCAUGCAGGCUCGAACCCUGCGAUCUCCCUCUUGACUGUCCAGUCCAAAACAGAAGUGUGGAAGAGGGCAAGCCAAUCCAAAUGUUGUGCGAAGCCGCGUUUAAAUUACCCCCAAACACGGAGAACGUCUGGAGGUUUGCAGAUUUUUUGAGGACGCAGGAGAUAGAGAUGUUUGAAGACGUGGUAGAAGGAAAGGACAAUUUAUUCGCCAUCUCAUCGGCUACAAAGGACCAUCAGGGCACCUACCAGUGUGAGGUCCUCGCCAAUGAAGUAUCUGUCGUCAGGAUUUACUACUUUCUCAAAGUGAUUCCCCCAAAUGUGAAAUUUGGUCACUCCGAGCUGGAGAAGAUAUUUCAGCUGUCUCUGCUGCCUGGAGAGAAUUUACAUGCUGCGUCACCUCCCCCCUCUCAGCAACUCCCAUCAAUUGUGCUAAUCAGCUUCUGCUUUACAUCUUUGCUGCUCCUCUUCUGUCUCACCUUGGGGUAA